UGUAAAGGAGCGUCCCUUAACACAAGCUAUAUGUCAGUUUAGAACUCAGAACGCUUCAUACAAGCUACACUUCAGUCAGAACAACUUCGCCCCGCAAACUAUGACCGGAGUAUUCGACAGAAGGGUUCCAAGCAUAAGAUCUACAGAUUUCCAGGGUCCUUUUCAACACCCAGCCAUGCAUCAUCCAUCUCAGGAGUCUCCAACUUUGCCAGAAUCUUCAGCCACGGAUGUGGGCUACUUCAGCCCUGCUGGUGGAGUCCACCACGGCUAUUGUUCGCCCGGUUCGGCUUCAUAUGGGAAAGCGCUAAAUGCUUACCAAUACCAAUAUCAUGGAGUGAAUGGAUCUGCUGGGAAUUACCCUGCAAAGACCUACCAAGAUUAUAACAGUUAUACAAGUGCAGCUUAUCACCAGUAUGCUGGUACUUACAGCAGAGUGCAAGCACAGACGAGCCCACCAGAAAAGGAAAUAUCUGAACCUGAAGUGAGAAUGGUUAACGGAAAACCCAAGAAGGUUCGCAAACCCAGGACAAUUUAUUCCAGUUUCCAACUGGCUGCCUUGCAGCGGAGGUUUCAGAACACGCAGUACCUCGCCCUGCCUGAGAGAGCGGAACUCGCCGCUUCCCUUGGGCUCACACAGACACAGGUCAAAAUUUGGUUUCAAAACAAGAGAUCCAAGCUGAAGAAGAUCAUGAAGAGCGGCGAGCUCCCUUCAGAACACAGCCCGAGCUCGAGCGACCCCAUGGCUUGUAAUUCUCCCCAGUCUCCCGCUGUAUGGGAUUCACAAGGCCUCUCGAGAUCUCACAACCAGCAUUCCCAACCACAGAAUACGAAUCCAGCUGCUUCGAGUUUUUUGGAAAACACUGGCUCCUGGUAUUCUUCAGCAAACGCCGUCAAUUCUCAUCUUCAGCCUGCCAACUCAGUACAACAUCCGUUGGUUCUUGGAUCUGGGACAAUAUAUUAAAAUCAAAAUAAAUAAAUAAACAAUAAAAUAAAAAAAUAAAAAAUAUUUAAAAUAUUUAAUUAUUUUGGACUCGUGUUUAUAUAUUAAGGAAUAUGCAAAACAAAUUCAUUUGGGGAAGGGGGGUAGCAAUGAGUGUAAUACGUGUGCAUGUAAUUUAUUGAAUUUGGAAGAAAAGAAACAAACCUAUUUUUCACAAAAUGGACUUCAGUUCAACUCUAGACACUUUCAACGGUGCCUUGAAUUUUAUGACCUCAACGUUAAACCAGAUUUUUUUUUUUUUUUUUUUUAUUUUUUUUUUUUUU